UAAGAUGUGAGCCAUAAAAAAUUAUUUCAUUUGUCUAAAUUCAAAAGUUUCUUUCAGUAGCAGCUGAAAAAAAUAUCAACCAAGUGCUCAACCUCCAUUACAAACUAAACCAUGAAAACCUUGAUUGAGCUACGAGAAAUCUCCUUGUUUGCCCUUCUUCUUGCAAUAAUAACUAUUGUCUUGGCCACAAUAUGGGCCAAAGGAAACAAGAAAAAUGGCAAGAUGCCUCCAGAGGUAGCAGGGUCAUGGCCUGUUAUUGGCCACCUACAUCUUCUUGGACGAAGAAACCAGCUUCUGCAUAAAACCCUAGGGGGCAUGGCAGAUAAGUAUGGGUCAAUCUUCUCUAUCCGCCUUGGAAUUCAUCCAACAAUUGUGGUGAGCGAUUGGGAAAUUGUGAAAGAAUGUUUCACUGCAAAUGAUAGGGUCUUUUCCACACGUCCAAAAUCCUUAGCAUUAAAGAUCAUGGGCUAUAACCAAACCACGUUCGGCUUUGCACCGUAUGGGCGAUAUUGGCGUGAUAUGAGGAAGUUAGUCAUGGUUGAACUCCUCUCCAAUCAUAGGCUUGAGUUGCUCAAGCAUGUCAGGGACACAGAAACCAGUUUGCUCAUGAAAGAUUUUUAUGAGAAAUCUUCAAGGAAUGGAGGGCAAGUUGUUGUGGAAAUGAAGCAAAGAUUAGCGGACAUGGCAACGAACAUAAUAGUUAGAAUGAUUUCUGGGAAGCGAUAUUUUAGUGCCGAUGCAAAAGGCAACCAAGAGGCAAAGAGGUGCCAAGAGGCUUUACGAAAUUUCUUCUAUCUAGUGGGGUUAAAUUUGGCUUCAGAUGCUGUUCCAUUGUUUAGUUGGCUGGAUUCGGUGAAGGGAUGUAUAGGAAAAAUGAAAAGAACGGCAAGGGAGUUAGAUUGCGUGCUUGGGAGCUGGGUGGAUGAGCAUCGAAGAAUCAGGCUCAACAGAAGCAUCAGCGAGGAGGAGAAAGAUUUCAUCUAUGUAAUGCUUUCUAUCAUGGAUGAUAGUAACAUUUCUGUUGAUGAAGCAGACACAACCGUUAAGGCUACUUGCUUGAGCCUUCUAUUGGGAGGCAGUGACACAACAGCGAUAGCUCUUACAUGGGCACUAGCUUCGCUACUAAACAACAGAAAUAUGCUUAAAAAAGCUCAAUGUGAGCUUGACACCAACGUGGGAAAGCACCGCGAAGUGGCGGAGACAGACAUAAAGAACCUUGUAUAUUUGCAAGCCAUUGUCAAGGAAACAUUCAGACUACACCAGCCAGCACCACUCUCAGGACCAAGGGAAGCCAUGGAGGAUUGCACUAUAGCUGGCUUCCACAUCCCAGCAGGCACGCGCCUUGUGGUUAACCUCUGGAAGUUGCAUCGUGACCCUAACAUUUGGGCUAACCCAUUGGAAUUUCAGCCUGAGAGGUUCCUGAAAGAGCAUGCCAAUUUGGAUGUAAGGGGCCAGGACUUCGAAUUCACACCAUUCGGGUCUGGAAGAAGAAUGUGCCCUGCGGUGUCAUUCGCUGUCCAGGUUGUGCACCUGACACUUGCUCGGCUUCUUCAUGGGUUUGAAUUGAGGACAGUCUCGGAUACUCCAGUCGAUAUGACUGAAAGCCCUGGAUUGACAGUCCCCAAAGCAACACCAUUGGAGGCUGUCCUCAGGCCAAGGUUACCUUCCAUCGCUUACGAAUUCUAAGCAGCAAGCACAAGGAGAUUGUGUAAUCCUUUAUAAAAAUAUGUAAAACAAAGGUAGAAUAAAGGCAGGAACAAAAAAAAAGAAGAAGAAAAAAGACAGAAUAAAGGCUAGGAAGUGUUUUAAUUUUUAUUGCCAAUGUUAAACUGAUCUUAUAGUCAAAGUUUUAUUUGGUUGUUUUUGAUUA